AAGCGCGCUACUAUUCCGAUAAUACAGCCACCGCCACGGUGCUGUUCGCUCGUUAACUUCCGAAAACGAUAGCAGUGACGAUACCAUCUUUUUUUUUUUCUUUUUCACCUUUUUAUUUCUCUCUUUUUUUUUGGUAGUAGUUGUAGUCGUAGUAGUAUAGUAAUAUUAGUACUAGUAAUGAUAGGGAAAAGUCGUUAGUAAAAAUGCGUGCCUUUUGUAUAAACGUAAAUCGACAAUAAGUCAAAAUGACUUUCGAUCGCGAUUGUAUUUAUGAUUAAAAACGUGAGUUUGAUCAGCACCGAGUGUAUCUACGAGUGAUAAAAGUAAUUUAUACAGGUGCUAUGUUAAGUGCUCCGAAUGCGAUCGACGUUAAGUACACUGAUGCUGCCUUUUGCAUUACAAUUAUUGGUUACAAUAUCGGGAGUAUUUGGUAAUCCUGAUGCGAAACGAUUGUACGAUGAUCUGCUCAGCAGCUACAAUCGACUCAUUAGACCGGUAUCCAAUAAUACAGAUACUAUCUUGGUGAAACUCGGACUCAGGCUAUCUCAGCUCAUAGAAUUGAACUUGAAGGACCAAAUUUUAACGACUAACGUCUGGCUGGAACAUGAAUGGAACGAUGAUAAAUUCACAUGGGAGCCGGCUGAAUACGGAGGAGUUACAGAACUUUACGUGCCAUCUGAACACAUUUGGUUGCCCGAUAUUGUACUGUAUAAUAAUGCGGAUGGUGAAUACGUUGUUACCACGAUGACAAAAGCUGUCUUACAUUACACUGGUAAAGUGUUUUGGACUCCUCCUGCUAUUUUUAAAUCAUCCUGUGAGAUAGAUGUAAGAUAUUUUCCUUAUGACCAACAAACUUGUUUUAUGAAAUUCGGUUCCUGGAGUUACGGCGGAGAUCAGAUCGAUUUACAACACAUUAACCAGGAAGCUGGUAAGAAUAUGGUGCAAAUUGGCAUUGAUUUAAGAGAAUACUACCCCAGCGUUGAAUGGGAUAUAAUGGGUGUACCGGCUGAAGCUCACAUAAAAUAUUACUCGUGCUGUCCGGAACCAUACCCCGAUAUCUUUUUCAACAUCACGCUUCGUCGUCGAACGUUAUUUUACACGGUUAAUUUAAUCGUUCCAACGGUAGGAAUUUCCUAUUUAUCAGUACUGGUGUUUUAUCUGCCGGCGGAUUCUGGUGAAAAAAUAGCCCUUUGCAUUACCAUCUUGUUAUCUCAAACCAUGUUCUUCUUACUUAUAUCGGAAAUUAUGCCAUCGACUUCACUGGCAUUACCGUUGCUGGGAAAAUAUCUUCUAUUCACCAUGUUCCUCGUCGGCCUUUGUGUGAUAAUUACAAUUAUUAUAUUAAAUAUUCAUUAUCGGAAGCCGAGUACUCACAAAAUGGCUCCGUGGAUAAGAGAGAUAUUUAUCAGACGACUGCCUAAACUAUUAUUAAUGAGAGUUCCUCAACAAUUAUUAGUCGAUGCGGCGUUUAAGCAAAAAUUAAGGGCUGCUCGAAGGUCUAAGAUGAAUUCAGCCAUGAUUGCAGCUUCCAUACCUUCAUCGCCGGAUUCGUUGAGAAGACUACAAGCUGGUAGCUGUAAUGGACUGCAUUCGGCCAGUACCAGGUUAGGAGGUUAUUUAGGUUUUUUAGGUGGAAAUGGUGUGACGGGUGGACACACGUAUAAUGGAUUACCUUCUAUGGCUGGUCUGGAUGAAAGCUUAAGCGAUGUGGCUGUGAGGAAAAAAUAUCCAUUUGAAUUGGAAAAGGCAAUUCACAACGUGAAAUUCAUACAACACCAUUUGCAAAGACAGGAUGAAUUUAAUGCCGAAGAUUUGGACUGGGGAUUCGUAGCUAUGGUGCUUGAUCGUUUAUUCUUAUGGAUAUUCUCGAUCGCUUCUGUUGUUGGAACAGUAGUAAUACUUUGCGAAGCACCUACAUUUUGCGGAGAGAGUAGUCCUGCGAUGGAUGUCGGUUUCGCCCAUUCGUUCAUUCCACAUCAGCAAAAUGUAAUAAACGCAGCAGAAACGGAAAAAUAACUUCCGAAUUAAUAUGAAAUCCGUCAUCGUAACAUUUUAACUUUAAUUGUUCGUUAAAUAUACCGAUUUAUACUUUUUUCGAAUGCUCAUUUGAUUUAUAAGUUUAAUUUUUAUUUAAUUUAAGUUUUCAAUUCGUUGCUUUGCCUUUUUUUCGCUAAAAAUAAAUUAAUGAUUCUUUAUUAUUUUUGUGUGAUAUCUUUUUUUAAUUCGGCUUUUGUAUUUCAUGCGGAGCAUACUUAAUUUUUGUACGCCGUGGCGCCAGAAUUUUUUGUUUUGCGGCUGGUUCGAAGCACUUUCUACCUUAUAAUACGCAUACGCUUUAGUUUUUAUAGCAGCAAAAGAAGGAAGGGUGUAGGAACAAGGGAUUUGUGUACCUACCUAUUAUGGAUAUAAUGUGAGCACAGAAUGAUGGGUAAUUCAUUCGUGUUAUUGCUACUUGGAAAUUUUGGAAAAUGCAUCGAAGAAAAACGACUCAUUCUAGAGCUUACCAGUUUCUGGUGUGAUUCCUUUUUCCUAUAAAAUUUUGGUUUUAAUACGUACCUACUUACUUUUGAAACAUUCUCCACCCAACAUUUUCUAAAGCACAAUGCAAAAAUGAAAAAGAAAUUCAAUUCAUAAUUCGAUAACAAAAUAAAAUGAAAUGAAAAAUUAAAUUAAUUAAAAAAAGAAAAGGUCUGAUUGGAUCAAUUAAUCGCAUAAAAAGUCCAAUUCCAGGUUUAUUCAAAUUAGACACCUAGGUAUACUUAUUUUAACAAACAUUUUUAUCAAAAAAAAAAAAAAAAAAAAAAAUGAUUCGAAAUUGAAGGUACAAAUUACGUUUUUACAAGGGAGGGUAGUAGGUACCUGUAUCAAAAAAUAAGCAAAAUUACUACCUGCUUCAUUUGACUUUUCGUUCAACUUACAAAAUGAAGGGGCUACGGAACAGAUUUUGAAAAGAAAAAAAUCACAAUUUCAAAAGUGACCAAAAAAAUAGUCAUUACGCCAAAAACUUUCUGUACACCAAAUACUACAAUUUAAAACCACUACUUUAAUCAUUUUUUAAAUGGCCAUAAACAUUUUUUUCAAAAUGUGUUCAUAACCUUUCGAUUUGCAGAUUAGGCAAAAAAUCAUACGAAAUGAUUUUGCUUAUUUUUUAAUGUGCUGCCUAGGUCAAAAAUUAAUUUCAAUUUUUUCAUUUUUUUAAAAACGUUAUAUGUAUUUCUCCCAGCUGUAUCUAAAUGUGAAGUAUUGCAAUUCGCUCAUCGGACACCCUGUACAAUAUACCUACUUACUUACAUACAUAGGUAAUGAAAAAUUAAACACAGUGAAAUCUGAAUAAAAUAAACACAGGUGACGUUUGAAUGAGGGACGACAUUUCGACAUACCUACCUAAUGUCUUAAAAAAUUAUAGGUAGAUAUAAUACUGGAAACAUUUUCAACUGUGAUACUUAUUCUAAAAUUUCAAACAUAAAUUUUUAGCACGAUCAAGAAAAUUUUGAAUUUUGUUUUUCUUUUCUACGAUUUGAGCGAAAAAUCCAGUGGAAAUUGAACAUUGAAUUCUUGAAUGUGUCUGUUUACUGCCCUUCAAAAAUAUUUUUUGGUUUUCGUUUGAUUCAACUUGUAUCUAAAAUAAUGAAACUAUUUAUUCUUGUUUACAUCCGUCCAUUUUUAAAAUUGCCUAAGUCAUCGAAAUAACAUACUCGUAGAUUUUGGGGUUGUCGUUUUCCUCGAGUUCACAAUAAUACGAGUAUUUAAAAACUGAUUAAAUACUUACACAUUUUAUUCAAUUUCAUAAUAUUACUGGAAAUCGAUUUCAAGAAAAUUAUCAUAAAUAGGUGCACAGAGUGAUGCUUUUUUACGUCUUUUGCACGCAUUCAUGUAAUAACUGCACAUUUACCUCUCAAGAAUAUUUUCCCGUUAUUUUUAUGCUCAGAGCUGGGCCUGUAUGUACAGCAAAUUAGUCAUUUAUAAGUAAAAAUGUGAGAUUAGUAUACCCAUCCCGAUUUUCAACCAGGUAGUAAAAGAAUUACGAAAAGUAUUUAAAUAUGUAUGUGUGUAUAAGUAGAUACUUAAUGUUAAUCUAUAAAAUUCAGUUCAUCAUCAUCGAGUCGUAUUACCGCUCGAGGUAAAAAGCAGAAAUUCAGUUCAGUACAUCCUAUUUUUGACCUUUCAAAUUGAAUAUGUUAUUGAAACUGAGCCUCUCUGAAACUUCAAAUAAUGAAUUUUAACAGGUUUUCGAAAACCAACGAAUUCAAAAAUUUGCUACAGCCUUCAGGAAGAAUGAAUCAAAGAGUAGCUUUUCACCUGAGAUAAAAUUCUGAUACACCCAUUGAAAUAGCACUUGAAAGUUUGCAUGGGGCAGCAGUCCCUAAAAUAAACACCCAACAUAGACAUUUUAUUUUUGAGAAGUUCUGUAGGUAUUUUUCGUUGAAAAAAAAACUACUAUGAAGAGUGGCGGACAGUCGAUGUCAAGUCAACUGAUGGAGGUUAUUUGAGCGAUUUUUUUUUGAUAAAAAAUCGGUGAAAGAAAACUGAACGAUUUCACUUUUUAAAAAGUAACUUCAUGAUCAAUCACCUGCUAUUCAGAAAAUUUCCAAUAGGGUUGCGAAUUUUUGGUGCUUUUUUCAAGUUUUUCAUUUUUGGACUGAGAAGGGAAAAAUCCCACGUACCCCCUCCAUGUUACAUUCUCAAAUACUCCAGCGCCACGAUAAUUUAAAUUCUUGUACAUAUACAUAAAUAAUUUCAAAGACAAUACGUACUGCGGCAUUGGGCAUGAUAUUCAUGAGAUGCCUUCAAUCCCAAUAUCUUCUUAAAUUAGGUAGGUACAUACAUAAUACGUGGGUACCUAAUUCGAAAUGCGUUACAAUAAUCGGUUUGAAAUUUCAAUUUAAAUGUCUAUUCGGAAGAAUACCUACGUAGAUGUUAAUAAAACACAGCUUUCGACGCUGUACUCGUAGAUAUAGGUGUCUACUUGAAUUAAGCAUUAAAAUUACAAAUAGGUACUCACUUACCAUUGUGGUGAUCGUGUUCGUUCUAUAUCAUGCGCGUAACUACCGUCCUGGUUUAAUUUUCGUUUAAUUAUGCGCAGACUGAAGAUUUAACGACUUUUUUACUACUUCUGUUUUAAAUUAGAUAUGUGUAUGUAUUUUAUUUACUUUGGAAUUAUAAACUGAAACGUAAUUACCGCGGUAAAAAAAGUUAAAUAAUAAUGGUAAACGUGUGUAAUUGUAGCCUGUACCUACCUAGGUACCUAUCGCGCCGAGUGACUACUGAUAAUAAAAGUUACAAUUUUUAACCCCUUUUCAUGUUGAUCUCCUUAGGUACUUUUAAUUAUGAGAGGCUGAUGUUUUCAUAGUUCAUCUUUUCAAAUCUUAGGAAGAUAAUGUUAACUAUAAUAUACAUUGUUUUGCGACCUAUUCGUGCUUGAUUUCCAAUUAAAACCGCUUAUGAUUCAACUAGGUAAUUCCUUAAAUAAUAGGAUCUUUCGAAAUGGAAUUAAAAGAUUGUCAAAAUAAAGGCUAAUCACAUCUCGCAUUAAUUUCGAAAAUUAAAUCCUCGCAGAAACAAUUUCCUAAUUUAAUCGCAUAAGAAUUUAUAGCGUUUUUUGUACAUCGGUUAGUCUAGCUUAUAAGUUACAAAAUUUGGUCAUUUAUCACAUAUGAUGUUGGUAGGCACUUUAACUCAUGUUUCAAACCGAUGAUUAUGAAAUCUAAGCUCAUGUAAACAUCCAGAUGAAUAAAAUAUUCGGAUUCAGAUAUUUUGAUUUCUAAAUAAGAUAUGAUAGAAGAUCGAUAAAUUGACUAGGUACGUAUUUCCGAUUUUGUCAAUCAAACUUUGGAUCAAAUCAUUUCCUACACUCAAAUUUUAUCACAAAAAGAUAGGUAAACGUGGUGCAUGUCUGCCUGUUUAGAUAGGUAACCAAUAAAUAAAUCAAGUAUGUAGGUAUUUUUAAAAAAAUUAAAAACACCGUGAAUUAUACCUAUUAAAAUAUACACUUAUCCGAUACAAUGCAUAAAAUAAGUAAGUAGUCUAUUCUAACCUAGUGCCAACCUACACACUCGUAAACUUUCAGCAUUCUUUUUCCUUUCGCGCAUCACAAAAUUAUUACCGAUAAAAUAUAAACUUAAAUUAUGAAAUACCUAUUACUUGCAAUUCAAGAUCACGUAACCCUUUAACCAUGCAGCUGGUACCACUUUUGUCUCGUCAUUUCCAAUAUUUACUGACUUAAGUACCUAUAUGUAGUGGGUACCUUCUCUUCUUUUUUUCAGUAAAUAGCCAAAUGAUCCUACAUAAAUAUAUUUAACUAAGACAUACACCUAAUAGCUUUUACAUUAUCGGUUAUGAAAAGUUCCUAAAUAUGUUUUAUGUAUCUUGCAUGUUUAUUAUGGAUAUUAUUUUGGAUUAUGUAUGCUCAUCUUUUCUUUUGUAUGUUCUUGCAAUUGAUAAUCAUUUUUUUUUUUUUUUUUUUUUUUGUUAUGAUUUGAUAUAAAUGUUUACCGAACGUUUCCAAAAUUUGGCAAAUAAUGAACAGCUUCGUGUUUUGUUUUAUUUUAUAAUUUGAUCUUUAUUGUGUACGUUUUGUGGUUGUUAUAGCGAAGCUUAUUAUAUUAUUAUGUUUAUCAAUAAUUGUGUAAUUGUUUUAAUAUCACGUUAGUGUAAUAAUGUAUCUGUAUUCAGGACUAAAUGAUUUUAUACAAUUUUGUUUUUUUAUAUACUUAAUUAUUUUGUUACGUUCAAUAAAGAGAACAUAUGGCGUUA